AUGGGACCCAAGAAAUACGUAGAGGCUUUCAGUCUUCUGAAUGACUGGAUCGAGAAUAACUUGGAUCUUUACAAGUUCGAGCUGAGCAAGUUCCUAUGGCCUGUUUUUGUCUAUUCGUAUCUGGAGCUUGUGGAGAAGAAGUACACGGACGAUGCCAAGAACUUCUUGAACCGCUUCAAGCCUCACUUUGAAAACAUUCAUGGGGAUGACCUUCGGACUUUCUCGACCGUCACUCUUCCUCCCCACAUCCAGGAGAAUGGCACGACCAAGCUGUACAGAUCGCACAAAUAUCGCAUUCCGGUUAACGCGCACGUUGAGAGGAUCUUAAUGCACUUUUUGCACAGGGAGUUUGAUGCCGGUGGCCAGGUAAUCCUGUCCUUACUUGCUCGAUUCUGCCAUGUCGACGCUACUGCUCGAGGUCCUAUCGACCCGUACAGCUUUGAAGCCAUUUACCGCCGAACUCAGAACCUAGAUUUAGAUGAAGUCGAUCAGCAAGAAGGUAUUCCGGGGGUCUUCACAGGUGUUACUAACCGUAAAAUCCUUGAGGAUGUGCCCUUAAGAUUAGGGCCUUUACCUAUGGAGUCAGAGCUGAGGGAUGACGUUCGAGCCGAGCUUGAAGAAGAAGACCAACGAAACCCGCCAGCUGACGGUCGGCCUACUCUUGUCGAUGAGUUUGAUCGAAAGAUCAAACGAGAGGAUAGUGCCGAUGGACCGAGUCGUGCCGACCUCCCCCUCCCUCCAUCAAGAGCCAGAGACGUCGUUAUGGAGAUGGAAAAGAUUCGAGAGAAUAGAGACCGAUUCAAGAUCGAAGGUCGGACUGGAGGUGUUGGCAUACCGGUAUCUGUAUGCAUGUUCACUUUCCACAACACCUUGGGGAGUGUCUCAUGUAUGGACUUUUCCAAAGAUCACGAGCUGGUGGCGGCGGGUACUAUGGACUCCUACAUUCGAGUGUGGACCUUGGAUGGCAGCCCCUUGAAAUCAAAACUUGCGACCGAAAAAGACCUGAAGGUCAACAAUCGCAAGUUGAUCGGCCAUUCAGGCCCUGUCUACGGCGUUUCUUUCUCUGACUCCAUCUCUACCGCCACACAUUCAUCAUACGGGGAAGACGGGAAUGCCGUGGAGACUAAUUCCAAACUACUCCUUUCGUGCUCUGCCGACGGCCAAAUCAGACUUUGGUCACUGGAUGUCUGGAGCUGCCUCUGUAUCUACAAGGCGCACGACGGACCCGUCUUCAGAGUUCUUUGGGGCCCUCACGGACAUUACUUUGCUACUGCUGGUUGGGAUAAGACGGUCCGCAUCUUCAUGCAAGAUCAUGCAUCCGCCCAGAGAGUUUGCGUUGGACACGAUACAAGCAUCUCAGCCAUCGCCUGGCAUCCCAAUGGAACCUACGUCUUCUCAGCGUCAGACGAGACCGAUAAAUCGAUCCGCAUGUGGUCAGUUGUAACUGGCCAAUGCGUCAGGAUCUUUACAGGCCACACCGACUACGUCAGCGCACUAGAGUGUGCUCCAAAUGGCAAAAUUCUUGCAAGCGCCGACACUGGAGGAAACAUCUUCUUCUGGGACCUGUCAAAGGGAACGCGCAUCAAGCGUUGCCGAGGACAUGGUAAGGGAGGCAUCCCAUCUCUUAGCUUCAGCGUAGAAUCCAAUAUUCUCGUGUCUGGUGGCCUAGAUGGCAGCGUCCGUGUUUGGGAUGUUGAACUGCCCGCAGAUGGGACCAAAACUACUGCUAUUGGUGCUACUCCUUUGGCUGCACAGCCGCCGCAGCUGGAUGGUACCGGAGCCGUGGGUGAUACAGUCACGGUGGGUGGUCCUUCGGAUCGAUCUAUCACUGUUGGCGGCCAAACUGCGCAGCCAUCGACGACCGCCACAAGUGGAGGCAGCGGAGGGACUGGGAAGAAGAAGGGGAAGGAGGUCAUGAUCACACCGGAUCAGAUAAGUGCUUUCCCGACCAAAAAGACCCCUGUAAUGAAGGUGAACUUCACGAGAAUGAAUCUGGUAGUCGCCGGAGGUUGUUUCGAUCCAGAGAGACCUUAA